ACUAACAUUUCACGUAACACUCAAAAAAAACUCACCUACACAAAAUGCCAGAGUGAGAGGAAAGUAUUUUUCUCAUGCCAUCUCGUAACCGGUUGAAGUUUGCGGUUCAAUCGCGGAAUUUCUCACUAGAUGGCGCAAAGUGACGUCGAUGACGUUUUUUUGACAGCCACGUAUUUUUCCAUUUUUCCAUUUCAUCCUCGCGGUUCGCAAUAAAUUUAUUUCGAGUUUAUUAGCUGACAAGGUAGCUCCAGUGUCGCAAAAGUGUUCAAAUAGUGUUCCGCAGCACGAGAUAAAUUGCAUUUUGUGAAGUAAGAAGCCGCCCUAGCCAUGUCCGAGACGAAAAUGUACACCCUGGCCGAAGUGGCGAAGCACAAUUCCAACAAAUCCACCUGGAUCGUCAUUCACAAUAGUAUUUACGAUGUUACGGCUUUCCUCAAUGAGCACCCCGGAGGUGAGGAGGUUCUCCUUGAGCAGGCAGGACGUGAAGCAACAGAAGCUUUUGAGGAUGUUGGCCACAGUUCCGAUGCCAGGGAAAUGAUGAAGAAAUUCAAGAUUGGAGAAAUUGUUGAGGCUGAGAGAGUGAAAAUUCCCGAAAAAUCCACUCAAAGUUGGAAUACUGAACCAAAAAGCGAGGAAAACUCAAUGAAAUCAUGGGUCCUUCCCCUCCUUAUUGGCGUCGUGGCGACAAUCAUCUACAGAUAUUACUUCCGCCAGUAGAGCUAUUGUUGUGUGUGAAAACUCUUGAGCAGGGAUCAGCGUUUUUUCCUUCUAAAUUUUUCUUCAUAAUCUUUCCUUAUUUUCUACUUGAUUUUUGUUUUUAAACUUAGCUAUAAAAAAGAAUUGUGGAAAUAAUUCUAAUUCCUGGGAAUUUCCUCAAAAGGACAAAAAACAAAAAAAUGCUGUGUGAAAAAAUCUUGAUUAUACAGAAAGCAUUUUCUAACUGCAAAUUCUCUGUUUUUUUUUGCAUUUUUUUCUUGUUCGUGGAAUUGUUUCUUUUCCUUUCUCAAACAAACAAAAAAGGUGACUCUUAAUGAAAGGACUUUUCAAUCACUUUAUUGCAUCAAAGAUUUUUUAAAUGAACUAUUUACGCAUGAGGCAAUGUGGAUAUAUUUUCAGAAUGCUUAUUGUAAUGGCAAAAAUGACAUUCUCUAAAAAAAACGAAUUGUAAAAUUAAUAUUGAACAAAAAAAAAGAAAUAUGGGGUAAUAAAUAAAUUGUUAUAAACGAGCAAA